UGCCUCCUUGUUCUAUCUGUGGUGUUAAAGUGGGCGAAUGUCGUCUUUGGUAUUUAAUUGCAAUAGUUUCAGUGACGGUGCUCGUUCGGUCGGUUGGUCAGUCUGAUGGUAAAGAUGCCACUGUGUGGAGGAACCACUGGGCCAAAGGAUGCCACUGAAGAGGUGCAAAAUAUUUGUGAUGAGAUGAAGCCGCAUGCAGAGCAGAAAACGGGGAGGAAUUUUGACGUUUUCACAGCGAAGACUUACAAGACUCAGUUGGUGGCAGGGACCAACUUCUUCAUCAAGGUUCAUGUUGGUGGUGAAGACUAUGUCCACCUGCGCGUGUAUAGAAUGCUCCCACACUACGGAAGCAAACUGGAGCUGACCAGGCUGCAGGAGUCCAAAGCCCACAGCGACCCCAUCGAGUACUUCGAAUGAACCCUGACCUUUGACCCAAUCAAGUACUUCUGAUGACCCCUGUGACCCAGCCGCAGUCCGAGCUGAACCCCAGUGCCUACCCUACCCAAUCCACCACAGCCUCCUUUCCCUACACAUAAUAGAUCUGUGGUCAUUCUACAGCCCUGGUAGCGUUUUCAUUAUCGGUUUUCAGUGUGUUUCUUAAUAAGGAUUUUAUCAUAUGUAGCUGAUAGGAAAAAAAAAUUAUGUAUAAAGGGAAGGGAAAUUGAAAUAAUAAAUGAGCUCCAAACAUGAA